AUGAUUAGGGCGAUAGUGAAAACAAAAGGCGCCGAAAGGUUGCUUAUCCGCCACAGCUCGUCAUCUACCUCUGCUUUGGCGUAUAAACAAUUGCACAAGAAUAAAGUAAGCCCACCCUUGCCCACUUUGGAAACACCUUCCUGGAGUGCCAAAUCCGCUGUUUCCUCCAUUCUUUACGAGACUCCAACACCAUCUCGUGUCUCCCGCAAACAACACGUUUUGAACUGCUUGGUACAAAAUGAACCAGGUGUAUUGUCUAGGAUUAGUGGUACUCUGGCCGCCAGGGGCUUUAACAUCGAUUCCUUGGUGGUGUGCAAUACCGAGGUCAAAGAUUUGAGCAGAAUGACGAUCGUACUCCAAGGGCAAGACGGUGUCAUCGAACAAGCGAGACGUCAAAUUGAGGACCUUGUGCCCGUCUAUGCGGUCUUGGAUUACUCCAAUGCGGACAUCAUCAAGAGAGAGCUUUUGAUGGCUCGUGUGUCUCUGCUUGGAGCAGAAUAUUUCGAAGACCUCAUUCAGCAUCACGAGAAGACUGGUUCUGAUUGUGCCAACGGAUCCCAUGAAGCUGUGUCCCAGAUUAGAGGAAAACAGUUCCACCCAUCCAAUCUGCCAUUGAGCGAGACCUUGAGAAUGAAACAUGAACAUUUGAGAAGUGUCACUACUUUGGCGGACAAUUUUGGCGGUCGUGUUGUGGACAUUAGUGAAACGAAUUGCAUUAUUGAAUUGAGCGCGAAGCCCUCGCGUAUCUCUGCAUUUUUGAAAUUGGUGGAGCCAUUUGGUGUGUUGGAAGUUGCUAGAAGUGGUAUGAUGGCUUUGCCAAGAACACCAUUGGAGACCAGAGCCGAGGAAGAUGCUGACAAGCAGAUAAACGAUUUUGUUGAUGUUUCGCAACUACCACCUGGUUAA